AUGAAUUCUGAUUAUACAAGUAAAAAGAUAAAAACUACAGAAAAAUAUUUAGAAGAAGAAUUACAUUAUUAUUCAGAAUUAUAUUUAUUACGAACAACUGAAACACCUAUACUCUUAGGAAAAUACUCAACCAGAACACAACUAAUAUUCACACCAAAAUAUGGAAUACCAGGAGGCAAACAAGAAUACCCUCACGAAAUAUUUGAAAGAAUAGCAGAAAGAGAAACUUUAGAAGAAACCAGAAUACUUAUAUACCAAGAAAAACUUAUAGAAAUAGAACAUAGUUAUUAUCUACCAAAAGACACUAAUGGAUAUAAUACUACAAAUACAACUGAAAUAAAAACAUACAUUCACCCCUCUAACAACCAAGAACCACUACAAAUAGAACCUAAUAACUAUAAAACUUGGAAAUAUUAUACCAAACCAGAAAUAUUAGACCAUAUUAUAAUAAUACCCGAAUUACAACUACAACUGAAUUUAAUAUUUUACUCAAUAGAAAAUUAUUAA